AUGCCCAUUUCAGUUUCUGAAGCCAGCCGACAUGCUCCGACAAAACUAAGAGAAGGAAUUGAGACUGAACAUGCACCUUCGUACAAGAACAGUUUGUUGCUGGUUGAAGAUGGUCUGUCCAAGAGCAGAGGAAAACGAGCGACUCCUGGAACACCGUUGCCUUUCAGUGCCGAAGAAGAGACCAAUUUGGUGAAUCUGCAUAAUAACUAUCGCCGUCUGGUCUCGCCUCCAGCUUCUAACAUGGACUAUAUGAUAUGGGAUGCUGAGUUGGCAGCCUGGGCUCAGGAAUGGUCUGAUGGGUGUUACUAUGAGCAUGGGUUUCCACCAGCGGCUGAUAAUGUGGCAGUCGGUCAGAAUCUCUGGCGUGGUCUUGUGCAUGAGCAACCUGACGGCUCUGGUCCUAUCAGCAGCUGGUGGGACGAAUGGCAGUGGUAUGACUAUGAAACGGACUCUUGCCAACCAGGAAAGAUAUGUACCCACUACACCCAGUGUUCGACUACAUGUGAAGUUAACUGUAAGAACUGUGGCGUUAUCAACGAUGACUGCACCUGUACUUGUACACCACAGUUCACUGGUGUCGACUGCUCAGCUCCUUGUGGCGAUUACGAUGCAAACUGUGGUACGGGAUGGCCACAGAUCUUAUGUUCAGGGAUGAUACAAGGUUUUGAGUUCGUCUUAGAGCAGUGUCCUGCCAUGUGCGGCCUAUGCAGUGUCGAACCUGAUACAUUAAUCACAGGCUGCCCCACAGCCAUACAGCGAAUAUUAAAUACAGACUCUUUGACCAACGAUCGCUUUGCAAUAGUAACAUGGAUCGAACCGAUCUCUAGUCUAACAUCGGUCGUUAUGACGUCACAAUCCCAUGUCCCUGGCACCCGGUUUCCAGUCGGUCAGACUUCUGUUCAGUAUGUCUUUUCUUCAGACACGCAAGAAGUUGCAGCGACGUGUUGUUUUGAUGUCGAAGUGAUAUUCAGACUCGUCUGCUCAAACACAACAAUAGCAUCUGACUUUGGAGAUGUAAGACUUCCUGCAUCUGAAGUGGGAACCACUAUCGACUCUAUGGAAUUAUGUCCAGAUAUUCUUAUACCAAUCAUUCACGCGGUUUGUCAGCUCGGGAGCAACGGCACAGCCUCUUGGGCCAUCGAUAUCAAAUGUACCACAGAAGGAACUACGACAGGAGGAACUACGACAGAAGGAACUUCGGCAAGAGGAACUACGACAGGAGGAAACGCGACAGAAGAAACAUCGGCAAAGGGAACAACGACAGGAGGAACUACGGCAGAAGGAACUUCGGCAACAGGAAUGACCACAGUAGGUAAAACGACAGUAGGUACAUCGGCAAAGGGAGGAACUACGCCAGGAGGAACUACGACAGAAGUGACCACGACAGACGGAACCAUUACAGAGGGAAAUAUGACAAGAUCACUGGCAGGGAUUUUAAAGACUGGAAUAUCUGGCGAUAAUCUGAGUAACAUUUCCAGAGCAGUGUUUCUUAUCACAGAAGAGACUGAAUACAUCACGGUCACAGAUAUGGGUUUACUCGUCGAUAUCCUGCAGCAGAUAUCUUACCUGAAUUCCACCGAUGCUAAUGUUACCGAUGAUAUAGUUGGGAUAGUGAAUAACUUAAUGAAUGCCGAGAAAGAGAUUCUAACUUCCGCUCAAAGGAAAGGAAACUUCACCACUGCGAUUGUCCAAAUCAUGGAAUCACAACUGAACACUGUUGACGUACAUAAUGGCUCAUUCGAUACAUCUUAUACAAAUAUUGCAGCGAAGGUACUUGAUUUACCUUCAGAGAGUGUUCUCGAUGGCCUAGUUGUAACCAUGUUUACUGAAAACAAGGAAGACCUGAGCAGCAGCAAUGUCAAGGUGGGAACGCACCAGGAUACCCCAACCGAAACGAUCGCUGAAGACACUUUUGCCAGGGUUGUUGUUCCCAUCGAAGCUACCCAGAUUGUCACCGUGCCAAAGGCGACUAUAGAAUCAGAGAGUUUAGCUACCCAACUCCCUGGAAGUAACCCAGGAUCAACGACCCGGUCAGGAUUGUCAGGGGAUCCAGGGAGUGUGAUCAGUGACUAUCUACGAAUUGUCUUCCUCGUAUACGUCGAUGAUGUCAUGUUCCCAUCACCAACUCUCGCCCAACUCAACCAGGAGUCGGAAGACUUCAACCGUACUGUCAACACACCGGUUGUCUCCUUAGUAAUCGGAGGGCGGAAGAUUGAACACUUGAUGGAACCCAUUAAUAUCACCUUCUCUAGACUGAUGGUAAAAUAA